AUGAACAUCAGGCUGCCCCUCGAAGAUGGCAAUCGAGCCCCCUCCCGCGUCCCUACGAGAAAUAUCAUACCCCUCGGCCGCUAUACGAUUGCUUGGAUCUGCGCACUUCCCAUCGAGAUGGCUGCGGCUCAGGCCAUGCUGGAUGAGACUCACGCCAACCUGGGUAGAUCCGGCAAUGAUACCAACUCCUACUGUCUUGGAAGCAUCAAGAACCACAACGUCGUUAUCGCAUGUCUGCAUCACUAUGGUACUAUCAAUGCUGCAGACGUCGUGACAAACUUGAUUCGCACCUUUUCAUCUGUUCGCCGGGGGUUGAUGGUCGGGAUUGGAGGCGGAGCGCCCAGUCAGGCAGAUGUCCGUUUGGGUGAUGUCGUCGUCGGGACACGUGUUAUGCAAUAUGAGUCUGGAAAAGUGCUCUCAGGUGGCAUGAUGCUAAGAACUGCAAUCCCUAAGGUUCCCGAGCUCUCCCUCCGCAAAGCUGUUUCCAGCCUACGAGCUGGGCAUGAGCUGCACCCCAGCCAGAUUCCACUUAUUCUCCAGGAGAAGAUGAAAUCCCACGUGCAUUUCGGCCUUCCAAAGACUCCCGAUCGUUUGUUUCGGACGGCAUACAACCACGAGCCAACAGCUGCGACAUGUGAAAACUGUGACAAGUCGCAGCUAAAGGAGCGGAGAACGCGUGUAUCUGUGGAUCCAGUAAUACACUAUGGUGUCAUUGCAUCGGGUGAUAAAGUUAUGAAGGACGGCGUUACUCGCGAUGCAAUUUCACAAGAGUUGAAUGCCAUCUGCUUCGAGAUGGAAGCCGCGGGGCUCAUGGAUAUUCUCCCUUGUCUGUCCAUUCGAGGAAUCUGUGACUAUUCCGACUCCCACAAGACUAAGGAAUGGCAAAGAUACGCAGCUGCUACAUCCGCAGCAUACGCGAGAGAGUUUUUAGGGGCCUUGGCUGCGGAUGGUGAAGCGAAAGAGCCAUGUAGUGCUUCUUCUUGUGAUAGGUCCAACUGGUCAAACGUGGGACAGGCAACAGCUUCUAAUAUCACCAUAGAACAACCUGUAUCGACCAAUUGUCCUAAAGAGCUGCCGAAACGUCGCGAAGAACUACUGAAAUCACUAAUCUUCCAGCAGUUUGAUGCCCGCAAGGCCAAUCUUCAAAAGGCUCACAAAGAAACCUGCGGGUGGUUUCUUGACCAUCCUGACUACAAAGACUGGCUCGAUCCUGAAAAGACACCACACCAUCAUGGAUUUCUGUGGAUUAGGGGCAAACCAGGAGCCGGAAAAUCGAUCAUGAUGAAGUUUCUUUAUUUGCAUAUGAAGAAGAAAGAUUCCCCCAGAAAAGUCCUUACUGCAUCCUUUUUUUUCGUUGCUCGAGGAGAUCUGUUGGAGAGGUCAGUCUCCGGCAUGUAUCGGUCCUUGCUCUUGCAACUUCUAGAGGGGUUUCCUGACCUCCAACGGGUUUUGGACGACCAGGAGCUAAUUCCUCGAAAUAUGAUGGGAUGUCCUCCUCUCAAUGUUCUCAAGAAUGUAUUCCGUGCCGCUGUGUCUUUUCUUGGAAAUCGAUCGUAUACUUGCUUUAUCGACGCACUAGAUGAAUGUGAUGAGCAGCAGGCCAUGGAUAUGGUCGAUUUCUUUGAUGAACUGACUGAACACUGCACUGAGAAUGGACUCAGGCUCCAAGUUUGUUUCUCAAGUCGCCACUACCCUUAUAUCGACACCAGAUCUGGAAUCCGCCUGACAUUAGAGAACCAAGACGGCCACUCUCGGGAUUUGAAAGCGUAUGUCAAAAGUCAUUUGCGGAUUAGGAACCCAUCUCUUGUGGAAGAACUCAUACCAACAUUGCUCGAAAAAGCAGCUGGUGUCUUUCUUUGGGUUGCUCUUGUGGUGGAUAUUCUAAACAAAGAGAAUAAUCGUGGGCGCUUGGCACUUCGGAAAAGGCUCUCAGAAGUGCCGAGCGGCCUCAGCGAACUCUUUAAAGACAUGUUAUCGAGAAAUCAAAAGGAUGUGGAGGAGCUACGACUCUCUAUUAUUUGGAUUCUUUUCGCGGAACGACCGCUAAGACCUGAAGAGUAUUAUCACGCUCUGUGGUCCGGCUUAUCGUCCCAGGGACUAGCAGACCUCGAAAUGCCCACCAUCGAGACUUCAGAUGCCGAUGACUGUUGUAAGCGGUGUGUGACAAGUUCUUCGAAGGGCCUAGCUGAAAUCACUACGGCACGAAGGCCUAUCGUGCAGUUCAUACACGAAUCCGUGCGGGAUUUCUUACUAAAGGAUAAAGGCCUCAACGACUUGUGGCCAGAUCUAGGAUCAGACUUUGUGAGCCAAUGCCAUGACACGCUUAAGGCAUGCUGCUUUGCGUAUUUCUAUCAUAGCAACAUCCGAGAGGUUAUCUAUAGUAAACGCGCGGCUAUAGCGCCAAUCACGAAGAAAAGUAUGGAGAUGCGGUAUCCCUUCCUAGAGUACGCCUCCCGGUCUGUUCUCUUCCAUGCCAAUGCUGCUGCAGAUGUGGUACCUCAAGAAGGAUUUCUCAAGCAAUUUCCCGUUUCAAACUGGAAACACACAUUCAAUAUCUUUGAGGAUCACAAGACCCAGAAAUAUGAUGAAGGGGUAGAUAUCUUGUAUAUCCUUGCAGACAGAGGCCUUCCAGCACUCAUCCGAACAAGACUAGAAACGGAUGUAAACAUUGAGAUUCGAGGAGGAAGGUUCAAAUAUCCACUUCUCGCUGCGAUGGCAAAGGGAAGAAAAGACACCGUGGCAGCUCUAUUAGGCUUAUCUUCAUGUUUCUGCGAUGGAAUCGAUAUUACAGAAAGCUUAAAGGCAGACGAGAACUCAGUACGGAAACACCACACACCUUUCACUUGGGCGUGUGGGAAGGGUUUCGUUCCACUUGCUCGACUUAUUCUCCAAAAGUGUGUUCACAUAGAUGAUAUGAUUGAACAGAAGUCGAGGGCCCUAUUGGAAGCUUCAACGAACGGCAAUUUGGAAGUAGCAAAGUGGCUAGUCGGCUUAGGUGUUGACUUACAGACUAGCAGAGGCCGAGCGUCGCUCUCGUCGGCUGCCAGCGAGGGCCAUAUAGCUGUAGUACAGCUAUUGCUUGAGAAGGGAGCAGCUAUUGAUUCCCAUAGUGGCAUUGAUGGAAUGAGUCCACUCUCGCUUGCUGCCCAGGGGGUUUCCCCGCUUCUCUUGGAGCUUGGCCGAUUCCUUUGGCCCGUUCCACACACUCAUGUCAUGUUUUCAACAAGUGGAGGAAAGUCAAGAGAAACAGACAAACAAACAGCGCAUCUCAUCAUGUCUGAGCCGUCUACUCCAAGAAGCACCACCUACCUUCAACGCGCAUACGCCCUCAGCGGAGAUGCACAAGCCCAGCACUUCUAUGACGAAUGGGCCGACGCCUAUGAGACGGACAACAACGGGCUAGGCUACGCUUCCCCCCGACGCGCCGUAGAGGCUAUCCUUAAGAACGUCACGGGAGAUGCUCGUGAUACUCAAUUGAAGGUCCUUGAUGCCGGUUGCGGCACCGGCCUCGUGGGCGCUUGCUUGGCCCAGUCCGCCCUUGCCGGCCGGUUCGUCCUCGACGGUCUGGAUCUGAGUCCCGGGAUGCUGGCAGCUGCGCGCCAAAAGGGCGUGUACCGAGAAUUGGAGGAGGCAAAUCUCAAUGAGAGGAUCCGAAAACCAGAUGGAAGUUAUGACCUCAUCGUCUGCGUGGGGACACUGACCGUGGGACAUGUCGGCCCAGGUGUGCUGCGCGAAUUCGCCCGGGUGGCCGCCCCCUCGGGGUUGAUUGUCGCCACCGUGCACAGUAGCAUCUGGGAAAGCAAGGGUUACAAAGCUGUAAUCGAAAGCCUGAGAAAUAUUGGGACAAUACAAAUUGUGAGCACUGAUGAGUUUGGCCUCGUGGAGGAGGCAAGCACAGGCGGCAUUAUGGUUGUGUUGAAGAAGAACUAA